AUGUCGCUUGGUGCCGGUGCCAGAACGAUGGCUACGCGGGCACCAAAGGAGUUUCUUUGCAUAGUGCCGGAUAAGCCCAAAGUGCUGCAAGUCCGCAAGCAAGUCAAAGGCCAGCAUUACGAAGGAAUCAAGCCCCUCAUCGAGUCUGGGAGGCUAGUUGCCGGAGGGGCAAUGUUCGAUAAACAUCCGGACGAAGACGCCACGGAGGCCUGUUUCAGGGGCAGCGUGGUGGUGUAUACCGCGGAAAGCCUAGAGGAUGUCAAGGCUAUCAUUGAGAACGAUGUUUAUGCUACGAGCGGGGUCUGGGAUCUCGAGAGGGUGCAGAUCAUUCCUUAUGUGGCUGCUGUGAGGCAGCCUCUCUCGUCAUGA